AUGGCGGAAAACACCGAAAAUUACGAAUCUGAUCCAGAUAGUAGCAAUUCUGCAGAAGAUCGGUCAGACGACGAAGAGGUUGAUCAAAACGAUAUUAAUCGUUUGAAUAGUGAGGCUAAUGAUGUAGGGAAAGGCAGGUCAGAGGAUAAAUACAAGGGGUUGAAAAAGGCAUUUAAAGAAAAGGUUUAUAACUUAAUUGUGUCAGUGGUACUGCUGAGAAUUAAUCGUGGGGAUGAAAUUAUAAACAUGGAGAAAACCUAUGAAGAGUACAAAGAAUGGGUUGAAGGAGAAGUGGAACCUCAAGUCUACCAAGCUUACAAGAAAGCAAAGACAAAAUUAGAGAAAUUAGUUCCACUAGAAGAAGAAUUGGAAAUUGGAAACAAAAUAUAUUUGAAAUUGCUGUUGUCCUACAGAGAAAUUUUGAAGGCUUAUGACAGACACCAUAAGCCAAAGAAUUAUACCAAAUACUUAGAUACCCAAUUGAAAAUCCCUUCCAUUUCUCUCUCUACACAUGAACGGGCUAUCCGAAACUGUCCAUGGUCUGUUAUUUUGUGGAUUAACUAUAUUCAGGCCCUAGAACGGUACCAACAACCUUAUGACAAGGUCAAAGAGACAGUAGAUCGAGCCCUUCAAGCUGGUUUCACCCAAGAAGAGGAGUUCAGACAGCUGUGGCUCACAUUUUUGGAUUAUUUACGGAGAAGAAUAGAUUGGAAUGGUGAAAAUACUAAAGAACUCUCAGAGUUAAGAGAGACUUUUGAAAGAGUUAUUGACCACAUGACUCAAAGUUUUGGAGCUGAUGCUGAUCCCGGUUGCAUAAUUCUCCAGUAUUGGGCAAAGAUUGAGGCCAAGUUUUGUAAGAACAUGACUCGGGCAAGAGAAUUAUGGAAUAACAUUAUUAACCAAGGACGAGGGUCAGAGGUUAGGAUUUGGCUAGAGUAUGCCAACUUAGAAAGGGCAUAUGGAGAUGACAAGCAUUAUCGAAGAGUUUUGUUACGAGGACUGCAUUCAGCCACUGACUGGCCAGAAACAAUAGGAGAAAUACUUAUUAAUUUUGAGAGGGAAGAAGGAACACUGGAGUCAUUGGAUAGUUCUAUAGAAAAGUAUGAUGCCCAAAUAAAGAGGUUACAAGAAAAAAGACAGAAGAUAGAAGAAAAAGAAGCAGAAAGGCAAUAUCAAGCAUCAGAAAGAAAAAAACAAGCCAAGGCUGAGAAAAAAGUUGCCAGCAAGAAACCUAUUGAUGCAGUAGCACAUAAACAGCAGAAGCCAGAGUACCAUGUUGAAGCAAUGGAUGUAGACAAGGAAGGUUUUAAAGUUCCUCCUCCACCCUCAUCUAAGAAUCAAAAAACUCAACCAUUCAUUAGUGCACCCCCACCAGGCUUUAAAAAAAAUCAAUUGAACCUCCAGCAAAGAAACUUUGAAAUGGAACAGUCUGAAAGUGAACAGUCUGUUAAACAUGAUCAUAGUAAAGAUGAUCGAACUGUGUUUUUGAGUAAUCUUGCUUAUUCUGUAGCAGAGGAAAACAUCAAAGAAGUCUUUUCAGAGCUUGGUGAAAUAACAGAAAUAAGGUUAGUGAAGGACUAUCGAGGUCGAUCGAAAGGAUACUGUUAUCUAGAAUUUGCUUCACAGGAAGCAGCUAGAGCAGCAUUAAAGAGAGAUAGACAACCAGUUGAAGGACGACCUGUAUUUAUCUCUAAAUGUGAGGACAAGAGUAUGUCUCUAAAUAAAAAUAAGUUCAAGUUUCCUGUUCAGAUGGAAAAACACAAACUCUUCAUUCGUGGGCUUCCUUUAUCUAUAACAGAACAUAAACUUAAAGAUAUCUUUAAAGAGGUUUCAGCAGCUACUGCUCUUGUAAAGACAGAUGGAAUGAAAGUGGAUGACCAAACUAUCUCAGUAGCUAUAAGCAAUCCACCAGAACGUAAGUCACUUAGAAGAGCUGGUGAUGGUGAAGGCUCAGAAAAUAGAAUUAUUGCAUCAUUAGGAGGAGGUAGAGAAACAGGACCGAGAGGGCGAGGUAGAACCCAGGUAAGUCUUCUUCCUCGGGCUCUCCAGCGAACACAACCAGGAACAAGCAGAUCAAAUGACUUUCAGAAUGGAGUUAAUGGAGCAGGAGAGGAUGUAAACACAACAGAAAAGCAAAUGACAAACAAUGAUUUCCGUAACAUGUUGUUAAAAAAGUAA